CGGAAGCCGAGCGGAAGUGACAUAAAGCGGCCGCCGGAGCUGUAGUGCGGUGCUGCGCGACCUGGCUUGUGAGCACCCGGGCCUGGUCCCGGAUUCGCACCGCUAUGUCGAUCGAAAUCGAGUCUUCCGAUGUGAUCCGUCUCAUCAUGCAGUACCUGAAGGAGAACAGUUUACAUCGGGCACUGGCCACUUUACAAGAGGAGACUACCGUUUCUCUGAAUACUGUGGAUAGCAUUGAAAGUUUUGUGGCUGAUAUUAAUAGUGGCCAUUGGGAUACUGUUUUACAGGCUAUACAGUCUCUGAAAUUGCCAGACAAAACCCUUAUUGACCUCUAUGAACAGGUUGUUCUGGAAUUGAUAGAACUCCGUGAAUUGGGUGCUGCCAGGUCACUUCUGAGACAGACUGAUCCUAUGAUUAUGUUAAAACAAACACAACCAGAGCGCUAUAUUCAUCUGGAGAACCUCUUAGCCAGGUCUUAUUUUGAUCCUCGUGAGGCAUACCCCGAUGGAAGUAGCAAAGAGAAAAGAAGAGCAGCGAUUGCCCAGGCCUUAGCAGGGGAAGUCAGUGUGGUGCCUCCAUCUCGCCUCAUGGCACUGCUGGGACAGGCAUUGAAGUGGCAGCAGCACCAGGGAUUGCUUCCUCCUGGUAUGACCAUUGAUUUGUUCCGAGGCAAAGCAGCUGUCAAAGAUGUGGAAGAAGAAAAGUUUCCUACACAGCUGAGCAGGCACAUUAAGUUUGGUCAGAAAUCACAUGUGGAGUGUGCUCGGUUUUCUCCAGAUGGUCAGUAUCUGGUCACUGGGUCUGUUGAUGGAUUCAUUGAAGUAUGGAACUUCACUACUGGAAAAAUCAGAAAGGAUCUUAAAUACCAGGCUCAGGAUAACUUCAUGAUGAUGGAUGAUGCUGUCCUCUGCAUGUGCUUCAGCAGAGAUACAGAAAUGUUAGCAACUGGGGCCCAAGAUGGAAAGAUCAAGGUGUGGAAGAUUCAGAGUGGACAGUGUUUAAGAAGAUUUGAAAGGGCACACAGUAAAGGUGUCACCUGUCUAAGCUUUUCAAAGGACAGCAGUCAGAUCCUUAGUGCUUCUUUUGACCAGACAAUAAGAAUUCAUGGUUUAAAAUCUGGGAAAACACUGAAGGAAUUUCGUGGCCAUUCCUCCUUUGUUAAUGAAGCAACAUUUACGCAAGAUGGACAUUACAUUAUCAGUGCAUCCUCUGAUGGCACUGUAAAGAUAUGGAAUAUGAAGACCACGGAGUGUUCAAAUACCUUUAAAUCCCUAGGCAGCACUGCGGGGACAGACAUUACUGUCAACAGUGUCAUUCUACUUCCUAAGAACCCAGAGCACUUUGUGGUGUGCAACCGAUCCAACACAGUGGUCAUCAUGAACAUGCAGGGGCAGAUUGUCAGAAGCUUCAGUUCUGGUAAAAGAGAAGGUGGUGACUUUGUUUGCUGUGCCCUCUCUCCUCGUGGUGAAUGGAUCUACUGUGUGGGGGAGGACUUUGUGCUCUACUGUUUCAGCACAGUCACAGGCAAGCUGGAGAGAACUUUGACGGUUCAUGAGAAGGAUGUGAUUGGCAUUGCACAUCACCCUCACCAGAACCUGAUUGCUACCUAUAGUGAAGAUGGACUGCUGAAGCUCUGGAAACCCUGAUACAGCUUUUCAAAUGGAGCUAGAAAAGAAAGCAUGCCCUUAAUUGACGACAUACUCAUGUGUUACUCUUUACUUUUUUCAGGCCUGCCUUUGUAAGAAAAGAUACUGUCUGAAUUAGCUACAAGAAUAAUUUUGUGAAAAUUCAUGCUUAAGUAGCAAUUACCAUUAAAAACAGUAUUUUUAAGGUGUUAUGUUUAUCUGCUUUUAACUGGGGCAAUCAGUGUUUUCAUUAAUCUAGAUUUGAAAUACUGAUAAUUCUAGAAAAAAAAAUUUAGUUAUUUGAAAUAUUAAAAUGUACCUAUCAUAAAGCUUGUAAAUAAGUCAUUAUGCCAUAUUCGGUAGCUGUGGAUUUUUUAAAAAAGAUUUUAAUAAUAAACUUGUACCUUUUGGGAAACUGUACAGAUAAGUGCUCAUGUAGUUAACAUAUUUUUACUUAGAAUCAAAUGGGGGAGGGAGAAUCCUUAUUACCCUUGAAUUUCAAGUCCAGCAGUGACAUGAAAAAGGACUGGUGACAUACACACUGAGCCUUGUAUGUUCAGGCCAGAUUCAGGGAAUAUAGUUCCAUAUUCUGGUUGGAAAUAGAUUAGAUGAGAUUCAAGGUUUGGGCAUCUUGCCUAUGGGUUUAGUUAGCACUGGAGAUUUGUUCUGAAGAAAAAUCAGAAAAGGACCUGAGAUUUAGUAAAGUCUUUUGUAAUGUGCAUAAUUAUCAGCUGAAGAAAAACUUGAAGAUGUUUUGCACUUGGAUGACUUUCACAUUUCAACCAAAGAUGUAGAGAACAUUUAAGUGAGAUCUUAGCCAGCUCUGGUAGCACAUUCCUUUAACCCUACUUGGGAGGCAGGCAGAGUUCCAGGAUAGCUACAGGGGGAGACCCCCCCCUUUUUUUUCAUUGCACUUAACUAUAAUCUAGUGAUUAAGUCUUUAAGUUUUGCAUUCUGAGGCUGGGGAUGAAGCUUAGUUGGUAGAAUGUUUGCUUGCUUAGCAUGCAUGGAGUCUUGGUUUGAUCCCCAGUGCCACAUAAACUGGGCAUGGUGGUGCCUGCCUAUAAUCCUAGCACUUGGGAAGUAGAGGCAAGAUGAUCAGAACUUCCAAAGUUUAGUCAGUUCCAGUUUACCUUUGUGAUUUGAAAGGCUGCCUUAGCCUGGCUAAAUGAAUUCUGUGGUGGGGGAAAUCCCUCUUUUACCUCCUUUGCCCAGAAACUGUAGCUUUUCUAACCCAGGUAAUAUUUGCUGACAUUUUGAUGCUUUAAAAAUGCUAGUUGAAUACAGCCAUUAAUCUAAGUUUCAUGUGAGAGUAGGUUGCCAUCCCAAUGAAGAUUCAGUUUAGAAACAGCUUUUGUCAGAAAAUUUUUAGUCAUGGAGAUCAAGCCCCAAAGCCUUGUUGCAUGGUUAGCAAAGUAUAAGAUCAUUUUUAAUGGUACACAAUUGUUGAUGGCACCAGGUUCUGAAGAUGGUUAAAAAAUGCUAGUUUCUGCCUUAUGGUAGGGGAGAUUAAGAAGUUAAAAGGAAUAAUUAAAAACAUGUGAUCGGAAGAUGUCUUGGCAAUGACAGCUCAGGCUGACGGGUAGUAAAGGGUUCCUGGAAGAUGACAAGGCGUGAGGUGCAGUAGAGAUGGAAGGAAUCAAGUUUACAGUCAACCUGGGCUGUACAGGGAGAUCCUGCUUCAAGAGAAAAGCAGAAAA